AUGGCGGGCUUGCUGCUUCGCCGCCUUCGCCUUGCUGCCUUGACUUUCUUGACUUUCUUGUCUUCAACCGCCGCAGAGCUCUGCUCUGAAUCUCCAUACUCCUGUACCAAGGGACAGGGCUUAUUGCAGCAGCAGACGGAGGCUUUGAAGAGAAGCGCCGGCGACUUUGGCGCUUCUCGCCUGGUUGCAGGCAUCGAGGCGGAGGAGCAAGCUGGACGAACUCCAGCAGAAGCGAUCAACUGCAUUUUUGACUCCGACCUUUGCCACUGGGUCAACGUCCCGAACGAGAAGAUGGAACCGUGGGUGCACGACACCGCAGGAGGCGAAUCCUACGCGUACGCCAAUUUGACCGAUGGCCAGUUUGUGAUGAUGUGUCCGCCUUUCGUGGCAACCUCUGAAAUUCCGGUCAAAAUCAAGUAUAGCUUUCAGGGGAAGCUUCUGCGCUUCACCUACACAUCGGGUGAUCAGAUCAUGCGCCACCUCAUCAUCGAACGCCAGGGUGACAAGGCGGGGCGAUACCCCUGUCGCAGUGUCACGCCGAGUUCCACGAGACUUGGUCGACAGUCGAUCCGGACUCGUCAAUGUUGA